CGCCCUCGUAGCUGGGCCGGUUGGUGGCGUCAGUGGCAUAUCCUGGCGAGGUCCCGAGCGCCACCCGCCCGACUCAGCGCACUGUUGGAGCACGGCUCGAUCGAAGCCCCGCGUCGCACCAUCGUCGCCAGGGCCUACAGGAACUACGAGAGCAAGCUCGUGCUCAUGAACUCGCUGCGAGAACAGAUG